GGUUAUAUUAUAUAUGAAAGAUGGUGGUGGUGUUGGUGGUGGUUGUGAGUCACAUCAGGUUAUAUAUGAAGGAUGGUGGUGGGUAGUGGUGACUGCAGUCACUGCUCUAACUUCAACAAUGAGAGGAAGCCUGUGUGCUGUGAUAGUGUUGCUGGUAGUGGCUGUGGUGGAGCCACAGGCGUGCCAGGCCAGGUCCGCCCACAGGAUCCUCAGGUCAACCCACCGGGGCGUCUGGGGUGUCCAGCGAGGUCAGCAACACCAGCUGGAGUCCAGAAGCGUCAACCUCAGUGAUCAACAAGAAACAAUGGUCAACAAUCCUGGAAAACAAGAUUUAGAAGUAGCAGGAUUGGUGAAGGGCAACGAUACCUUCAGUACCAUGGCUGUGAGGGUGUCUGACGUCAACGCUACUCAGUCUUUGGGAAUAAUGGUAAAUGGAGACAACACAACGGGAAUACUGACGAAGAAGGAACGUAACGGAAGGGUGAAUAGGCAGGUGGUGAUAAUUAGUAAAAAAACAGAGAUGGAGAAGAGAGGAGCAAAAGAAGGAAGGGGAUUGAAUGGAGACAGGGAGACAGAGGUGGAGAAAGGGGGAAGGCAGGAAACGCACAGAAUGAACGCAGGGAUGGAGACACGAAGAAUGGGGAGAAGGAAGAAGAGACAACUAAUAGGGAUAAGAGAGGUAAAGAGGAAGAAAAGAGAAAAGAUGAUGGAGACAAAACGUGGGAGAACAUGAGCAAGAAGAGACAUUUAAGAGAUGUAGAAGAGGAAAGUGAGUCAAAAGAAGAGGAUUCCACAAUAGAAACAAAGAAGAAAAACAGUAGAAAGAAGGAGGAGGAAGAAGAGGAGAAAGAUGGAGAGGAAAACAAGGAGGACGAAGACAAAGACGCCAGUCGUGACUGUGAAGAAGAAAAAACAAGUAAGAGAAGAGCAAAAUCAGAGGACAAGGAAAAACAAGACAGACGACAAGAAAGAAGAAAAGACAGACGACAAAAAGAAGAAAAGACAGACGACAAAAAAGAAGAAAAGCCAGACGAUAAGAAAGAGCAAAUGACAGAUGACAAGAAAAAAGAAAAGACAGACGACAAGAAAGAAGAAAAGACAGACGACAAAAAAGAAGAAAAGACAGACGACAAAAAAGAAGAAAAGCCAGACGAUAAGAAAGAGCAAAUGACAGAUGACAAGAAAAAAGAAAAGACAGACGACAAGAAAGAAGAAAAGACAGACGACAAAAGGAAAAAUAACGACAAAAAAGAGGAAAAGAUAGACGACAAAAAAGAGGAAAAGAUAGACGACAAAAAAGAGGAAAAGAUAGACGACAAAAAACAAGAAAAGAUAGACGACAAGAAAGAAGAAAAGACAGACGACAAGGAAGAAGAAAGGACAGACGACAAGAAAGAGGAAGAAGAAACCAUACCCCCGGACAGACGACAAGAAAGAGGAAAAGGCGGACGAUAAGAAAGAAGAAAAGACAGACAAAAAAGAAGAAACAGCAGACAAGAAAGAAGAAACAGCAGACAAGAAAAAAGAGAAAUUAGAAGAAAGAAGAGGAAAAUCACAAACAUCAGCUAAUCUGGACGAGUGUUCACAAACAUCAGGUGAUCAGGGCAAGUGUUUACAAUCACCAGCUGAAUCUGAUUGGCAUUUACCAAAGUGACCAAUAAAGAGGUAGAAAACUUUACUCCAUGGGAAAAGCGUUUUAAAGAACAUAACAACUAAGAAGCACUGCAGUAGGCCUACUGACCCACGCUAGGCAAGUCCAACUUAGACCAAACACCACCCAUUCGUAUACCCAUCCAACCCCAAGUUUUCGCCUUACUGACACUAUCUGGGAGUUUGUUUUGGAUGUCUACAACUCUAUUGACAAAUUUAUUUGUGUCCAGUGCUUGUGUAGAUUAUUAUUAUUAUUAUUAUUAUUAUUAUUAUUAUUAUUAUUAUUAUUAUUAUUAUUAUACUUACAGAAAGAGGAAAUGUGGUUGUAUAGAGGUAUUUGACCUGUAUGUUUCCAGUUUUAUGUAUUGUUGAGGAAUAUUAAAAGAAGCAUUUGCUUCAGGUGCAGAUUA